CUUCUCCACAUCUUAUGCCCAAGAAGCUUCCGGCUUCAAGGAAGUCGUUUGAAAUGCGUCGAAGUAUCCCGGGAAUUCUACGAUUGGAUGGUCUCAAAGCUGCGAGCAUUCCUGGCCUCGGCAUUUGCCCCAGCCUUCUGUAUCGCCAUUUUGGACGCGACUUCCUUUUCGAUUCAUCAUUGUUGUGACAAGUGUCCUUGUCGAAUUUAUAUCUUGAUUACUUGACUUCGAAUAAAGUCUAGUUACCCGCAUCUGCCAAAGCAAAGCCUUCGCUUCUCUCUAUCUCCUAUAUAUCUUAAUGAGAUCCAUGUUCAAUUCGAUUGUCACGUCGAUACCUGACUACAUCACUACAUUCGUUGCUCCUCUGUACACUUCUCACUCGGGUCAUGGCGUUGCCACGGGCUAGUGGCCCCAAAACUAGUCUAGCGGAGAUUUAUUCCCAUCUAACGGGAGUGGUAUCAGGCAUCAAUCACACCGUAAUACGAGAUAAUGUUCCUUUCAAAAGUGGCCUUACUCCGAUAUACGCCAACCCCUAUGCAGGAUUUGACGAACUGGUGGAGGAAGAAGUUCUACAACAAUACCAAAGAGAUAGGUUCCAUACCUUUACCACGGAAGAGUUGGAGGCUUUGGAAUCAUUAGCGUUUCAAAGGCCAGUGGAACAGCCUGAGAACCUUGAUGGGCUACCCAUUCACGAUAUCUUUAGAAGAGAGAACUGGGCCCAUCCAAGGCCCCUAAAUCAAGGUUCCUGGCCUAUAGGCUUAGGCACAGAUGAGAGCGACGGAUUCUGGGAUGUCAACAACAAUGAUGUCUGGAACAUCCUGCAGCCUUGCCUCAAGCUAGCCACCGUGAUACUCACAAACCAUAAUACCUCACCCUGGUGGGAUGCUUUUCUAAUGGGAGCUCGCAGGAAAGUGGAUCAAGCUGAUGUCACCGCAGGAAAACCAGGGCAGGACUACUAUAGAUUCUUCAGACGCACACCUGCAGAUGCCAACAGCGAUGAUGGCAUACGUGAUAUUCAAGAAAGACUUUUUCGGAUGGGAAGCAGUAUAGAGUUCGAUAUUGUCUGUGGAUGUUCCGAGUGGUCGACAGGUCUACCAACGACUAGUAUGUUCCACGGUAUUACGGUGCCAAAGAAUUGGUGGCAUGCAACGAAGUGCUGUCUCGAUUUAUACGAUAUCCAGCCGUUGCUGAAUAAGAAUAUGCACCCAGCGGAAAGAUUACUAUCUCAAUUCAGUCUUGCUUCUACGAUCUUACAUGAAUUAGCCCAUGCCUUGCACGCCGAAAUGACUAGUAUCGAUUUCAAGAUCCCGGAGCCUUAUUUCGAAGACGAGUGUUUAGCAGAACUAGGGUUCUCGAUGGAGAAUGCACUCUGCGGCGGUAUGGCAGACAAGAUCAACGAUCAUACAAACGCUGGCGGCCUUCCAUAUGCCGGUUUCGUGUUAGCAGAUUGGAAUACACUUCAUAAUGAAUACCGGUGCGAAGGCAACCCAACUAUAGCCGCCAAACCUUCAGGGUGGCUCUACGAAAGGAUAUCUCCAGUUCCGGUGGAAUACUUUCAAUACUUCCACGACACGGGCUUCUGGAACUACCAUGUUAGAGGGAACGGGCCCACGGCUACACAUAUGGGUCCACUACCUGCCAGCAGCGUGUAUAUAUUCGGUCAAGGGCAGCAAGAAGACUUUGACGAGAUACCUACACCUGGAAUAGAUCCGGUGAUGGACGACUCUAUGACCGUUGCGCAAAAGACGGCUGUCCUAGUUGAGACCCGAAGAAAUGCAACAACGAGAAGGAUUCAAUCUGCCAUGCAACGCACUGCAGCACAACGCACAUAUCGAACAGCCCGCCUCAACGCCGCCAGAGCUUCUGGCACUCAAAGCUAUUCGAGACCAAACGCUGCUCCAUACCUCGAACCAAUUUUCACACCCCUAUGCCCUAGAUUCGACCUGAUAGUACAAUUUCUGUUCUCACGUCGUCAGGAGCUUGCUUUAGACACGCUCCAUUUCACGAUCGCGGAGCAUCAAUUGUACUGGUACAUUGUCCGAGAGGGGUUUAUAAGCCCGACACCCCGCGAAUGGCGAGGAUUUUUACAACGUUGCACGAAAGAAAACGUCUUAUUCAGAUGGAAAGAGUAUCUCUUUCCACCUACACCUACACAAGGCACAGUCGUACGUGUAGCCAAUGGGUGGCCAAUUGUACCGCCUCCUAUCAAAAUGUGUCCGCCAUCUUCUGGCGACUCGCCAGCAGCAGUUCGAUUCAGAACCAUGCUAAAACCUUUCAAGGGAUGCAUGACUGCCCUUGGUACUGGCAACGUCUAUGAACCAGGUCAAUAUGACGCCGACAAGCGUGUGCUCCUGAUUGCGCUCCGGAAAAUCAUGAAAUUAAAUGGUUGGACUUCAUCAUCGAUUACUGAUGAUGAAUUCGAUGAUUUUAUUAGGUACUACGAAUUUCACGGUCGGAAGUGGGGUUUUGGACCUGCUGGUAUUAUCAGGAAGACGGAAUUCGGAUGGUGAGUAUUUUUGCUUUGUUUUAACCUGAGAUGAUGGAGUAGAGAAUGGGGAGGGGUAAAUUGUUUUACCCCGCACCUGUAUCAGAAGGGUUCAGGUAGUGGAGCUGGUGCGCUGAAUGCGCUGAAUGCGCCGAACGCGCUUAACACUGAGGAAUUAUUUGUGUAACUUAGGG